UCCGCCAUAUUGUUCUCAGGCUGUUGAGGUUAACUCGUAGGCGCUGAAAAUCAGCAAGUUCUCAAGGCGUUAUCGCCUUUUGGUCUUAUUUAGGGCAUUUUUUCCCGACAUUUUAAUAAUGAAUGCGCUACAGUCUUAUUCUAGCGAUGAAAAUUCAGGAGAUGAGUGUUUCGACCAGAAAGCGAUUGCUCCAGAUCGAAUUAGAAAAGGGGCCGGCAGAGAGCAUAGCACCAACUAUGACAAUGUUGGCAUGGACAUCAGUGAGGAGUCUGGUGGUGAGGAGGAUGGCUCGCCAUGCACCCACUCAUCCGCUGCUGCCAAUGGAGACUCAGCACAACGCCGAGCCAGAGUUCGAGACUCCAGGGACACCAGCCAGUCUGGAGGAAGGUGCCCCGACAGUGACCAGGGAUAUAAGCCCUUGCUGCUACGCCCCGAGAUGCAGGAAGACACACAGGCUGGGUCACUAAUGGGGCAAAAAUCUCUCUGUAAGGAAGACACAUUAUCACACACAGCCAAAGAGGACGACAAACAGUAUUCUAGUCUACAGGAGCGGCUGCUGGGUCUGGCAUCUGGCAAGCUUCCCGACCAAAGUUCCCGUGAUGGGCCUACUAAGAGCGGCGGUGGUCGACGCACAGACGAAAAACGGAGAUCUCGAUCGCCUCGAGAUCGACACAACAAAUCUCACCGAUCUCGCUCUCCCGGACAUCGGCGUAGAUCACGAUCACGAGAUAAAGAUACCAAGACUCGCGAGAAAAGAUCUAGGUCUCAAGAGAAAAGAUCUAAAUCUCGAGAGCGACGUUCAAGAUCCAAAGACAGGAGAUCCAGGUCACGAUCACGAGACCGACGAGACCGAAGGAGAAGGAGUCGCAGCCGAGACAGACGCCGCGACUACAAAAAAGACACCGCAAGUAAUGCCGGCCUGCUGCCGCUGCCUGCCGCUGCCACAGGCGCCGCCCUCCAUCUCACUACGCUCCCCACCCCCGCCCUGCCCGCAUAUUACAACCCAGGCUCCAUCAGCGCCGCUAAAUAUGCUGAGCAGGAGAGGAAGAAAAAGCUUCUCUGGGGCAACAAGAGCGCGGCUACAGUGGCAGAAGGAAGCACUGGUUUGGCGGGGGCUGCGCCUGGUACGGCUGCAGGACGCGGGCUUCUCGUUAACAACCACGCAGCGCUGCUCAACUUAGCUCGUGCUAACCCUGGCGGUCGACAACUCAAUCUCGGCCUCGGCAAAGACCAGUUUAAUGUGGGGUCGUCUAAACCCACCCCUCUCAACGCUGCUUCUGCUGCUGUUGCUGCAGCGUGCUCUGCUGAAGCCACUGCAGGAACGAGAGGUGGCGGUGGUGGAAUGUCAGAUCUCUGGUCAUCCACUACCUUCAAUAAUGACUCCGAUGGAAAGAUGGCUGAGAAAUUCAAGCGGCUCAUGGGCGUUAAAGAUACGGCUGCCACGUCGAACAAGAGCGGUGGUAGCAGUGCAGGUUCUAAGCUGAACGAGGUGCAGGAAGACAUGUUCAGCAACAUGGAGCGACAGUACGAGGUGGCCAGGCUCGCUACUCACACACACAAGGGCUACGGUCUGGGCUUCACCAGCACUGCUUAUGUGCCCAAAUAAGCGGCAUUUGACACACAGUCAUGUUUAUAGGCACCUCCAAAUUUAUUCGGUUUAAUUUCUCUACUGGCAUUAGGUACGGUGCGAUUCACCAACUCUCUCGACCUGUCGAAAUAUUUGCCCCUCAAUUUAAUUUGACAAGAACUUCUUCAUCUUUCCGAGGUUUUCGCAAGCUUAAAUUUCUUUUAGACGCUAAUCUAUUCAAAAUAGAACGCCAUCUGUGUAAUUUCAGUGUCUGUUGAUUUGAAAAAAGUUUUCAAACCGAGGCCUGCUUUUAGCACCAGGCUCUUGAUAAAUUCAGGAAUUUUUGUAUCACAAAAUGACCUGCGAUUUUUACUUCGAAUCUGUAAAGCAGAAAGGAAAUUGUGGUUUGAAUAAAUGAUUUAUCGUUAAAUAGUUAAGAUUUUUUCGCUUUAAUUGUAGCUCAAUGAUUAGUUUAUUACUUAACUGUGCCGUUUGUCGUAUCAGUUGUUCAGGUGGGUGCUAUUAUUUGUAGCCAGAAAUUGCUUCAACUUCAGUGUUCAAUGUUUUUUAGAAAUCUCUACGAUUUUCCUUCCUCUAGACGUCAGUUAUAUUUGAAUAUAAUAUCCAUUGAACUUAUGACUUACAGUUGAAGCAACCUGCAACCCAACCUUUUUGUGUUGUUCAUUCAUUGCUUAUGACAAAUUGUUAGCUGAGCUUCGUGUUUUCUGGGUGAUGUAGCCGCGCUAGUGAUGCCGAAUCGAGUAUCUUCGAGUCGUUGAAAGCUGCAUGGAAUUAUGACGCUUUAGUACGAUGAUCUCGAUUGCUAUGUAUGCAUUAGGAGCUUAGGUCAUUCCUGACUGAGCUUCCGUCUGACGAUGACAAAAAUUAUUUUCGCGUCUUUGAAUUUCUUAGGAAUUAGUUUCGGUAAUAAGUGAUGUAUGGAUAUGUAGUACUGCAAAGACGUAUUCUUGUCAUAGUAUCCUCCAUGUAUCGAAAAAUUAUUCACAGCCUUAUUCAAGCCUAUCUAUAAUAUUCGUAUCUUGGAAUAGGAAAGCAGUUUUUUUUUGUAUCCGUCAGGUCACUGAUCUGAGAUCUCUAGAUAUCGCCGACUGCAGAAUUUUGUAGUGUAAAUCAAUUAUAUAAUAAUGGAUUUAAAAGCUUCAUAUGAGAGUAGAACACUCUUUCCUAAGCUUGUGUUUAUACAUGUACAGACCAGUAGAAGAAACCAGUUUCCUGAACACACGAGUCCAGCUAUUACGUUACGACAGUAGUUUGAUGCACCCAGUGAGAAUUGGUUGUUUCAACGCUUACUUGAAUUGUUAUCUACUAAUUCUCGACAUGUUAUUACAUGUAUUCAGAUUCAAAA